AUGAUUUCUAGAAAUGAUGACGAUCCGAUCGUAAUUAUUGGAGCGGGUGUGAUUGGUUUAGAUACCGCCCUUGUCCUCGCGCGGAGAGGACUUGGACGCCAGACAACAGUGAUUGCAGAGCAUUUCCCGGGUGACACCUCGGUGAACUACACAUCUCCAUGGGCUGGAGCCAACUUUUCCGCCAUCUCAGGCAGUGACACGAACGCUCUAAGAUGGGAUCGCCUGGGUUACAGUCAUCUGACUCAAUUGGCAACUAGCGCUGGUCGAGACUCUUUCGUUCACCGGACACCGUCAAUUGAGUACUGGGAUGAGGCAGUCUCGGACGACAAAAUCAAGUCAAUGUCUGAAUACUUGGAAGAUUUCAAAGUCAUACUUGCAAAUGACCUUCCUGAUGGGGUGCUAUUUGGCGUUUCCUUCACAACAGUCACUAUUAACGCACCAAAGCACAUAGAGUAUCUGUUUGGCUUGCUGAAAAAAGAGUAUGGUGUGCAGUUUAUCCUGAAAAAGCUGCCCAGCAUUCAGUCCGCAUUCAGUAGCAAGACCAAGGUUGCCUUUAAUUGCACCGGAAACGCUGCGAGGUUUCUGCCCGGAGUUGAAGACACCAAGUGCUACCCAACAAGAGGCCAGAUUGUUCUCGCAAGAGCACCGCAAGUCACGACCAACGUCAUGAGACAUGGUCAUGGCUAUGAAACCUACAUCAUUCCGAGACCAUGGUCUAACGGUAACGUGAUACUUGGCGGAUACAUGCAAAAGGGCGUCAGUACAAGCGAUACCUUCGCUCACGAGACGGACUCGAUCUUGAGUAGAACCUCCGCUCUUAGCUCGGAGUUGAAGGAGUCUAAGCCAGAUGUACUGGCGAGCUUCUCGGGCCUGAGACCAUCCCGAGAGGGAGGUGCCCGUGUUGAACGAACGCAGAUUGACGUUGACGGCAGGAAGCACGUGCUUGUUCACAACUAUGGGGCAGGCGGAACGGGCUUUCAAGCAGGAUAUGGGAUGGCGUUAGAUGCCGUCGAGGCAGUCGAUGAUAUUCUUGAGCAAGUAAUGCAUAGUAGCACUGCGGCUAGGCUAUGA